AUGGGACACCAGGAAGAGGCAGAUCCAGGCAUCCAGCUGCCCCCUGCUUAUGCCCUUGGUCUGGCCAGGGACCUCGGAUUCCCAGCUGCAGCCGGCGCCUUCUGCAUCCCACUGUAUGUGCCCUAUGUGCUGACCGGCCGCUGGACCUUCGGUCGGGGCCUCUGCAAGCUGUGGCUGGUGGUGGACUACCUGCUGUGCACCUCCUCCGCCUUCAACAUCGUGCUCAUCAGCUACGACCGCUUCCUGUCGGUCACCCGAGCCGUCUCAUAUCGGGCCCAGCAGGGCAACACGCGGCGGGCGGUGCGGAAGAUGCUGCUGGUGUGGGUGCUGGCCUUCCUGCUGUACGGGCCGGCCAUCCUGAGCUGGGAGUACCUGUCCGGGGGCAGCUCCAUCCCUGAGGGCCACUGCUACGCUGAGUUCUUCUACAACUGGUACUUCCUCAUCACGGCCUCCACCCUGGAGUUCUUCACGCCCUUCCUCAGCGUCACCUUCUUCAAUCUCAGCAUCUACCUGAACAUCCAGAGGCGCACCCGCCUCCGGCUGGAUGGGGUUCGAGAGGCAGGUGGCCCCGAGCCCCCACCCGAGGCCCAGCCCUCGCCACCCCCACCGCCUGGCUGCUGGGGCUGCUGGCAGAAGGGGCACGGGGAGGCCAUGCCGCUGCAUCGGUACGGGGUGGGUGAGGCGGCCGCGGGCGCUGAGGCUGGGGAGACAGCCCUCGGGGGUGGCGGUGGGGGCGGCUCCGCAGCCUCACCCACCUCCAGCUCCGGCAGCUCCUCGAGGGGCACUGAGAGGCCGCGCUCACUCAAGAGGGGCUCCAAGCCGUCGGCAUCCUCGGCCUCGCUGGAGAAGCGCAUGAAGAUGGUGUCCCAGAGCUUCACCCAGCGCUUCCGGCUGUCUCGAGACAGGAAAGUGGCCAAGUCACUGGCCGUCAUCGUGAGCAUCUUUGGGCUCUGCUGGGCCCCGUACACGCUGCUGAUGAUCAUCCGGGCCGCCUGCCACGGCCACUGCGUCCCUGACUACUGGUACGAAACCUCCUUCUGGCUCCUGUGGGCCAACUCGGCAGUCAACCCUGUCCUCUACCCGCUGUGCCAUCACAGCUUCCGCCGAGCCUUCACCAAGCUGCUCUGCCCCCAGAAGCUCAAAAUCCAGCCCCACAGCUCCCUGGAGCAGUGCUGGAAAAAGAUGAAGAAGAAAACAUGUCUGUGA